AUGCGCGCGUGCGCGGCGCCGCGCCCGUCCGCGCCAACGAUAACCGUCUCACGUCGGUCGGUCGAGCCAGCACGUACCCAACACCGAAUUCGUCGUCGUCCAAACAUCACCGCUCCAUCUGCGUCGACGGACGGUGCGAGUGAUACGUCUUCAUCGUCUGCGACCUCGCCGCAGCGCGUGCUCAUCACUGGAUCGACGCGCGGAUUGGGACUCGAGCUGGCGAGAAGUUUCUUAACACGUGGCGAUAAGGUCUUUGUGACAUCGCGAGACGCGGAAAAGGUCAGAGAAACCGUCAAGGCGCUACGAGAGGAGUUCGGAGAUGAUUUUGUUGCCGGUCUCGAGGCGGACGUCAGUCGAGCGGAGAGCGUCGAGGCCGUGGCGGAGGCGGUGGUGGACGCGUUUGGAGGCGUGGAUUUGUGGAUUAAUAACGCUGGAUCGAACGGUUAUGCAUACGAAAACUUAGAGGAGGCCGAUCCGUUGGUGUUGCAAGAGAUCGUGAUGACAAAUUCGCUGGGCUCAUUGCUGUGCACGAGACAAGCGAUUCGAACGAUGCGAAAGACGUCCGGAAGAGGACACAUCUUCAACAUGGAAGGCGCCGGCUCAGACGGCAGCGCGACUCGCAAAUUUGCAGCUUACGGACACACCAAGGCUGGCAUGGCGCAGCUUUCUAAGACGAUGGCGGUCGAACUCAAGGGUUCGUCCAUUGGAGUUCACACCAUCAGUCCGGGUAUGGUGUUCACUGAGCUCAUUUCCAGCGGGCGCUUUGCCUUUGGAAGUCAAGGCCGCAUGUUUGUCAACGCUUUAGCCGAACCGGCCAAUGUGACGGCAGAACAGAUUGUGAAGAAGAUAAAAGUGGCGACGGAAAGUCCAGAGUCCGUCAAUAAGACGCUCGCUAUCAAGAUUUUGACGCCGGACGUGGCACUUAAGAAAAUGUUUGGUCGUUUCAUCCUCGGUGAGAACAAAGAUCGAUAUUAUCCGGAGAAGGAGUGA